AACCCCUUGAUUUUUCUUAUCCGCGCCACGAUUCAACCCGCGCUAUUCUUAUAAGGUGGUGCAUCAAUAACAGCGCUCAAUUACAACACGGAUUCACAGGCGUAGGGCGGAGUGAAUAAGCCGGGCAAAACGCCUGUUUAUUUUCCAAAGUUUCAACCCAGGGAGCAAAAUUAGAUUUCUAUAAUUUUUUUUUCUUACGUGCCUAGCUGCUAAAAUAAAAAACUUGAAGUUGUCAUUUGAGAAACGCCUGUUUGGAGAAAACUAUAAAACGGUGCCAACACUUUUCACUUUUAGCCACAACAAUCUUUAACAAAAAACAAUUAUAGAGGAUCCCCCAAAUUGAUCCAUUUUCGAAAGAAGGAAGAAAAGUACACUUUUAAACUUGAUAUGACUUACGAGAACAGACAAAAUGGAACCGGUGGCAAUGCAGCUGGUUUAGAGGCAAAAUUUGAUGGCUUAAACGUUUCACAAAACGGAAACGGUGCAAAAAGAAGUGCUUACGUUCCACCUCAUCUACGUGGUGCUGCUCCAGCAUUUACUCCAAAACAAAACGGUGCAGGAGCUAGCGAACGUGGUCCAGCUUUACCACCUUCAGGUGGACCAGGUGGUGCACCAUCUUAUGGCAACGCAUUCAGCUCUCGUGGUGGCGGUUUUAGCAAUGGUGGUGGUUUAGCUACACGUGGUGGCGGUGGCGGUUGGGAUAACAACUAUGGAGGUCGCAGCGGCGGUGGUGGUGGUGGUUAUGGCGGCAGCAGUGCCGGCUUUGGAUCAUGGAAAGACGGAAAGCACGUCUACGGUGCUGUCAACCAACGUAUUCAGAAAGAACUUUUCGGUGAAGUCGAUGAUGGUCAACACCAAAGCACUGGUAUCAACUUUGACAAAUAUGGAGAUAUCCCAGUUGAUGUUUCAGGAAGAGAUGUUCCUGAACCCGUUACUGAGUUUACAUCGCCUCCCGUUGAUUCCCAUCUUUUGGAAAACAUCAAACUUGCACGUUACACUACACCUACGCCUGUUCAGAAAUACUCUUUACCAAUCGUAGCACUUGGACGUGAUUUGAUGGGUUGUGCUCAAACAGGUUCAGGAAAAACUGGUGGUUUCUUGUUCCCAAUCUUAUCAGCUUUGUUCACCCACGGUCCUCCCCCACCACCAGAAGAGAUGGUACAUGGAGGAUUUGGACGUCGUAAGGCAUUCCCAACAACUUUAAUCUUGGCUCCUACUCGUGAGCUUGUUUCUCAAAUUCACGAUGAAGCAAGAAAAUUCACCUACCGUUCAUGGGUCAAACCAGCCGUUGUUUACGGUGGUGCAGAUAUCGUUGGUCAAUUGCGUCAAAUUGAGCGUGGUUGUGAUUUGCUAACAGCCACCCCUGGUCGUUUGGUCGAUUUGAUCGAGCGUGGACGCAUCAGCUUGAGCAACGUUCGUUUCUUGGUUUUGGAUGAAGCCGAUAGAAUGCUUGAUAUGGGUUUCGAACCUCAAAUUCGUCGUAUUGUCGAACAAGAAGAUAUGCCCGGUGUCAUGGAACGUCAAACACUCAUGUUCAGUGCCACUUUCCCUCGCGACAUCCAAAUGUUGGCAAAGGACUUCUUGAAAGAAUACGUUUUCCUUUCAGUUGGUCGCGUUGGUAGUACAUCUGAAAACAUCACUCAAAAGAUCGAAUACGUUGAAGAUGACGACAAACGAUCAGUCUUGUUGGACGUUUUGGCCAGUAUGCCCACUGGUGGAUUGACGUUAAUUUUCGUGGAAACCAAGCGUAUGGCUGAUAUGUUGAGCGAUUUCUUAUUGCGAAGCAACAUCGGUGCCACUUCUAUUCACGGUGACCGUACUCAACGUGAACGUGAACGUGCUCUCGAACUUUUCCGUUCUGGAAAGACACCAAUCAUGGUUGCCACUGCUGUCGCUGCACGUGGUUUAGAUAUCCCCAAUGUUACACACGUUAUCAACUAUGACUUACCCAGCGAUAUCGAUGAUUACGUUCACAGAAUCGGUCGUACAGGUCGUGCUGGUAACGUUGGACAAGCAACUGCAUUCUUCAACCGUGGAAACCGCAACAUUGUUCGUGACCUUUUGGAUCUACUCAAAGAAGCAAAUCAAGAUACACCUCAAUGGCUUGAAGCUGUUGCACGUGAAAGCUCGUUCGGCGGCGGUGGCGGCUUUGGUCGUGGUGGUCGUGGAGGAGGCCGUGGUGGCUCUCGUCCUAGAGGAGGAGGCAGUUCAUUCGGUGGUCGUGAUGCCCGAUUCAGCGGUGGUGGCGGCGGCUUCGGUGGUGGUGGUGGUGCAGGGUUCGGAGGUGCCCCUCGCGGAGGAGGUGGUGCAGGUGGUUACGGAGGAGGCUAUGGUGGCGGUGCAAGCGGAGGUAGUUAUGGAGGCCCACCACCUACCAAUGGGGGAAGCUACGGUGGAAGUGGUGGUCCAUCUUGGUGGUGAUUGCGUUCACGCAUCAUGUGCUUCCUCCAUUUCUCUCUUCUCCGUUCCGCCAUGUCUAUUCUUCCGACUCCGAUCUUCUCGUAUAUUCAAUUUCUUUGAUCAAUGUCGUCAAGUCCAACAUUCAUCAAGACGACAAUGUACACUUCUCGUGUGAACCUGUUUGGCUUACGCCUUUAUGCCUUUUUACGACAUACAACUUGGACAUUUCUCUUUUCUUCUGCAUUUCUCAAAAAAACAAUAGACCCAAAGCAAGCAUUCAACUAGAACAUAGACGGCAAUUUUUUCCUUUCAAUCUGUACACAAAAUCGCAACGCAAACUAUCAAUCAACAAAAAGAAGUUUAUGGAAGAAAGGAAUUCUAUCCAUUACUGCUGUCUAGGUCAAAAGA